AUGAAUCGAAUUGCAAUUGGGCAGCUCUGCUCGUCUUCUUCCCAUGACCAUAAUCUUGAAAGAGUCAGAUACUUGACGGAACAAGCUUUGAAGCAGGAUGUUCGGCUAGUUUUCUUUCCAGAAGCUACUGAUUACAUUUCGCGCUCUGCUGCACACUCGAAAGUGUUGGCUCAAAAGACACCAGUGUUCGUCGAACAAUUGAAGAAGACCAUUGUAGAGCUUUGCAGCAGGUAUGGAAAACCGAUAGACGUUUCGAUCGGUGUGCAUCUUCCUCCGGAUGAGUUAGAUGUCUCGAAAAAGGACGAUCGCGUGAAAAACUGCAAUUUAUAUAUCAAUCAUGAAGGGAAGAUUAUUCAGUCCUACCAGAAAUUACAUUUAUUUGAUGUGGAUGUUCCCAAUGGGCCCAUCACGAGAGAAAGUGACUCUGUUCAACCGGGGAACGAACUUCCUGCAAUCGUUAACACUCCAGUGGGGAAAUUAGGCACGGCAAUCUGCUUCGAUGUUAGAUUUCCUGAAAUGUCGUUAAAGUUACGUUCCAAUGGUGCAGAAAUUUUGUGUUUCCCGAGCGCCUUCACGAUGAAAACUGGUGAAGCUCAUUGGCAAAUCCUUGGUCAGGCUCGCGCUUUAGACACACAAUGUUUCGUAGUUAUGCCCGGGCAGCAAGGAGAGCAUGAUGUAUACGCGGAUACCACUGAGGAACCACCCCAAAAUUCUGUGAAAAGAUCAUCAUGGGGUCAUUCCAUGAUUAUUGAUCCGUGGGGAAGCGUUAUUAUCAAAGCAGAUCCAACCUCUAACGAACCGCAAUUGAUUGUUGCUGAUCUAGAUAAAAGCUUGCAAGAAAAGACAAGAACCAACAUGCCAUUAUGGAAGCAACGCAGACGCGAUAUAUUUGGUUCAUACGUAUAG